AUGAGCACCAUGCACCUGCUGACAUUCGCCCUGCUUUUCUCCUGCUCCUUCGCCCGCGCCGCCUGCGACCCCAAGAUCGUCAACAUCGGCGCGGUGCUGAGCACGCGCAAGCACGAGCAGAUGUUCCGCGAGGCAGUAAACCAGGCCAAUAAGCGACACGGCUCUUGGAAGAUACAGCUCAACGCCACUUCUGUCACCCAUAAGCCCAACGCCAUACAGAUGGCCCUGUCAGUGUGUGAGGACCUCAUCUCCAGCCAGAGUAUCCACCUGAGCUUCCUGCGCACUGUACCACCCUACUCCCAUCAGUCCAGUGUCUGGUUUGAGAUGAUGCGAGUCUACAACUGGAACCAUAUCAUCCUGCUGGUCAGCGAUGACCACGAGGGCCGGGCAGCACAGAAGCGUCUGGAGACACUGCUGGAGGAGCGUGAGUCCAAGAGUAAAAAAAGGAACUAUGAAAACCUCGACCAACUGUCCUAUGACAACAAGCGCGGACCCAAGGCGGAGAAGGUGCUGCAGUUUGACCCAGGAACUAAGAAUGUGACAGCUCUACUGAUGGAGGCCCGGGAACUGGAGGCCCGGGUCAUUAUCCUCUCAGCAAGUGAGGACGACGCUGCCACCGUGUACCGGGCAGCCGCGAUGCUGAACAUGACCGGCUCUGGGUACGUGUGGCUGGUGGGGGAACGCGAGAUCUCUGGGAACGCCCUGCGCUAUGCUCCUGACGGCAUCAUCGGACUUCAGCUCAUCAAUGGCAAGAACGAGUCGGCCCACAUCAGUGACGCCGUGGGCGUGGUGGCACAGGCAGUUCACGAGCUCCUAGAGAAGGAGAACAUCACUGACCCGCCGCGGGGUUGCGUGGGCAACACCAACAUCUGGAAGACAGGGCCACUGUUCAAGAGGGUGCUGAUGUCUUCUAAGUAUGCGGAUGGAGUGACUGGCCGUGUGGAGUUCAAUGAGGAUGGGGAUCGAAAGUUUGCCAACUAUAGUAUCAUGAACCUGCAGAACCGCAAGUUGGUGCAAGUGGGCAUCUACAAUGGGACCCAUGUCAUCCCAAAUGACAGGAAGAUCAUCUGGCCAGGAGGGGAGACUGAGAAGCCUCGAGGAUACCAGAUGUCCACCAGACUGAAGAUAGUGACAAUCCACCAAGAGCCCUUCGUGUAUGUCAAGCCCACAAUGAGUGAUGGGACAUGCAAGGAGGAGUUCACAGUCAACGGUGACCCAGUCAAAAAGGUGAUCUGCACGGGGCCUAAUGACACAUCCCCAGGAAGCGCACGCCACACAGUACCCCAGUGCUGCUACGGCUUCUGCAUCGACCUGCUCAUCAAGCUGGCCCGGACCAUGAAUUUUACCUAUGAGGUGCACCUGGUGGCAGAUGGCAAGUUUGGCACACAGGAGCGGGUAAACAACAGCAACAAAAAGGAGUGGAAUGGAAUGAUGGGAGAGCUACUCAGUGGUCAAGCAGACAUGAUUGUGGCGCCGCUGACCAUCAAUAAUGAGCGUGCGCAGUACAUAGAGUUCUCCAAGCCAUUCAAGUACCAGGGCCUGACCAUUCUGGUCAAGAAGGAGAUCCCCCGGAGCACACUGGACUCAUUUAUGCAGCCUUUUCAGAGCACACUGUGGCUGCUAGUGGGACUGUCAGUUCAUGUGGUGGCUGUGAUGCUGUACCUGCUGGACCGCUUCAGUCCCUUUGGCCGAUUUAAGGUGAACAGUGAGGAGGAGGAGGAGGAUGCACUGACCCUGUCCUCUGCCAUGUGGUUCUCCUGGGGUGUCCUGCUCAACUCUGGCAUUGGGGAAGGUGCCCCCCGGAGUUUCUCUGCACGUAUCCUAGGCAUGGUGUGGGCUGGUUUUGCCAUGAUCAUUGUGGCUUCCUACACUGCCAACCUGGCAGCCUUCCUGGUGCUGGAUCGGCCUGAGGAGCGAAUCACGGGCAUCAAUGACCCUAGGCUCAGAAACCCCUCAGACAAGUUCAUCUAUGCAACUGUAAAACAGAGCUCGGUGGACAUCUACUUCAGGAGGCAGGUGGAGUUGAGCACCAUGUACCGACACAUGGAGAAGCACAAUUAUGAGAGCGCAGCUGAGGCCAUCCAGGCUGUGCGGGACAACAAGCUCCAUGCCUUCAUCUGGGACUCAGCUGUGCUGGAGUUUGAGGCUUCACAGAAGUGUGAUCUGGUGACCACGGGUGAGCUGUUCUUCCGCUCAGGCUUUGGCAUCGGCAUGCGCAAGGACAGCCCCUGGAAGCAGAAUGUUUCCCUGUCCAUACUCAAGUCCCAUGAGAAUGGCUUCAUGGAAGACCUGGAUAAGACAUGGGUUCGGUAUCAGGAAUGUGACUCCCGCAGCAAUGCUCCUGCAACCCUCACUUUUGAGAACAUGGCAGGGGUCUUCAUGCUGGUGGCUGGAGGCAUCGUAGCUGGGAUCUUCCUCAUUUUCAUUGAGAUCGCCUACAAGCGACAUAAGGAUGCCCGUAGGAAGCAGAUGCAGCUGGCUUUUGCAGCCGUGAACGUGUGGAGGAAGAACCUGCAGGAUAGAAAGAGUGGUAGAGCAGAGCCCGACCCUAAAAAGAAAGCCACAUUUAGGGCUAUCACCUCCACCCUGGCCUCCAGCUUCAAGAGACGUAGGUCCUCCAAAGACACGCAGUACCAUCCCACUGAUAUCACGGGCCCGCUCAACCUCUCAGAUCCCUCGGUCAGCACCGUGGUGUGA